GGCGGUGUUGUGGCAGCGGGCGGAGCUUCCUGAAUUGGUUUUAUGGUAACGCUAUAAAUGCCUUGGCUGACCCCGUCGUGUAAUGGUGAGCUUAUCAUUCAGGGGCACAUGUAACAGUCGGUCAGAUAACACAACAUUCCUUCUCCGGCCGCCAACAUCAACACCAUCACCCCCCAUCACCUCUCGUCACCCCAAUAAUAAUAUCCUUACACCGCUUACGAGACAACCGCCCCCUCAAUGGCCCCGUUGAUCGUUGACGCCACCAACGGCAAUAAUGGGUGUAAACGGUUAGGGAUUACCGUCUUCUCAGGAGGUCGCCUAGUCCGGCUUAUUCCCAACCAUGAAGACGACAAGGAGAUGUCGGCGCUCAAGCUGUUCUUUGAGCACCGCCUGGACGCUGACCCUCUGAGGGCUCGGUCAGAAUGGUUGGACAUUGUCGAGUCGCGGUCGCUGCUUUGGGGUUUCAUCUCGAGUCCGAAGCGGGAGCUCAUCCGCUCGGUUUUGAACACCCUCAAUCUAGAGAUCGUCAAGAGAGCUCGGCCGCCAAACGUAUUCGACUUUGCCAGCGCCAGCGUGGGCAACAUGUUCCUAGCCGGCGCCCGCAUCUUCACCGGCUCCUUCGAGUCCGCAAUCUACCUCCUCUCCAUGAUCUGCUCCAUCCCGCCCUCCGUCUCGGUGCUCCCCGCCAUCAACUCCAACUUCACCCACCACAUCUCGGCCGGACUGCGGGACGGCAGCACCAUCGCGGGGCAGGUAGCCAUCAGCCACCCGUCAGCACCAACCGCGCUCCCCGACGACAUGCAAGUAGCGCCGGCACUAACAGCGGCGGACCACGACCGGAUCGAGGACGCCAACCUGCCGGGGUCGCUGCCAGCACUGCGGCGGCCCAACAUCGCCUUCUCCAAGGAGGACGAGGAGGACCUGCCGGCGCGCAUCGAGCGGAUGUGGUACAUCAACCCGUACGGGCACGAGAUCGCGCCGACGGCCAACCCAAAAGUCGUCGACGCCCUCGCCGCCUCCGACACGGUCGUCUACAGCAUCGGCAGCCUCUACACCAGCAUCAUCCCCAGCCUGGUGCUGCGCCGCGUCGGGCAGGCCCUCGGCACCCAGGAAACGACGACGACCAUCCGCCGGAAGGUGCUCAUCCUGAACGGCAAGCUGGACCGGGAGACGGGCCCCGCGGCGGACCCGAUGACGGCGCGGGACUUCGUGGCGGCGAUCGCGCGGGCGUGCGUCGAGAGCCGCCGGCCCGAGCUGGUGGGCCGGGACGAGGUGCUGCGGGACUAUGUCAGCCACCUGGUCUAUCUGGAGGAUGAUCGGGGCCUGCCGGCGGGUGGGCCGGCGGGUGGGCCGGUGGUGGACGUGGAGGAGCUGAGUCGGUUGGGCAUCGAGUGCGUCAGCGUGGCUGGGAAGGUCGUCCUUGGCGGGGGCGCCGAGAGGAGGCCCGAGGUGAGGUAUGAUGAGACGGCGCUGGCUGAGGCGUUGGAGGCUAUCAUUGACUCGUGA